AUGACGGGCGCCAGGUUCGUGGCGGAAACUUUAAAGGGGUACGGUCUGACUCACGUCUUCUACGUCCCCUCCAUUGCCCGGCGCAUAUUGGCUGAACUGGAAGUGGUGGGCAUCGAGAGAAUCGUCACCCACGGAGAAAAGGCUGCGGUGUACAUGGCCGACGGCUACGCCCGGGCCUCCAACGGUCCCGCAAUCUGCAUGGCCCAGUCGGUGGGAGCAGCAAACCUGGCCGCCGGUCUUCAGGACCCUUUCCUGGGUCUUUCACCGGUCAUCGCCAUCACCGGCCACCGGCCCCUUUCCCACCAGUACCGGAACUCCUACCAGGAGAUUGACCACUUCAAGCCCUUUAGCUCCACCACCAAGUACAGCGUGGCGGUGGAUACGGUGGAGCAGCUUCCCCACCUGCUGCGGCAGGCCUUCCGCGAAGCCACUACCGGCGCCCCAGGACCGGUACACAUGGACUUUCAGGGCAUCCAGGGCGAGGUCAUCGAAAAUGGCGAGGCGGACCUGGAAGUUAUCAUCGAAGAGGACUUCAUGAAGCGGUCCACCCUGCGUCCUGAGCCAGUCCCGACCAGGUCCGGCGCACAGUGCAGGUCCUGGCCGAGGCGCGCCGGCCGGUCAUCAUAG